UUGCUGUCAAAUGCAUUACCGUAUUUAAUAUCCAGAAAGUCAAUAAUAUUAUCAAAAUUACAGCUUAACAGCUUUAAUAAACCUAAUUACACAACAGUAAACAGUUAUAGAUAGUUAAACAGUGCAUAUACUCAUUGAAAUUGGUUAACUUACAACUUCCUGGGCGCGGCGUUUGCGUGUGAUAUUUCCCAGAUUUAUUAAGUUUAAUCAUGUCUGUGAGUGAAAAAGUGUCUUUAUCAGACGCUUUAAGCAAUGUGGAUGUCCUGGACGAGCUUACACUUCCCGAUGAACAGCCCUGUAUAGAAGCGGCGCCAUGCUCGAUCCUGUACCAGGCUAACUUCGACACAAACUUUGAGGACCGCAAUGGCUUCGUCACUGGGAUUGCCAAGUACAUUGAAGAGGCUACCGUUCAUGCCAACUUGAACGAGCUGCUAGAAGAAGGCAACGCCCACGCCGUGAUGCUGUACACGUGGCGGUGCUGCUCGCGCGCCAUCCCGCAGCCGAGGUCCAAUGAGCAGCCCGACCGUGUGCAUAUUUAUGAGCGCACUGUCCAAGUCUUGGCACCGGAGGUCGACAAGUUACUGCAGUUCAUGUACUUCCAGCGCAAAGCCAUCGAGCGCUUCUGCGGCGAAGUGCGCCGCCUCUGCCACGCCGAGAAGCGCCGCGACUUCGUCUCCGAGGCGUACCUGCUCACGCUCGGCAAGUUCGUCAACAUGUUCGCCGUGCUCGACGAACUGAAGAACAUGAAGAGCUCGGUGAAGAACGACUACUCUACCUACAGGAGAGCCGCCCAGUUUCUAAAGGUGAUGUCAGACAGCCAGAGCCUCCAGGAGUCUCAGAACCUCUCCAUGUUCCUGGCCACGCAGAACAAGAUCAGAGACACCGUGAAGGAUGCCCUUGAGAAGAUCACCGGAUACGAGGAUCUGCUGGCGGACGUAGUCAACAUCUGCGUGCACAUGUUCGAGACCAAGAUGUACCUUACACCCUCGGAGAAACACAUGCUGGUCAAGGUGAUGGGCUUCGGGCUGUUCCUCAUGGAUUCUGACGCCUGCAACAUCAACCGCCUGGACCAGAAGAAAAAGAUCCGGCUCGACCGGAUCGACAGGAUCUUCAAGAACUUGGAGGUGGUUCCUCUAUUCGGCGAUAUGCAAAUCGCGCCGUUUAACUACAUCAAGCGUUCUAAGCACUACGACCCGAGCAAGUGGCCGCUAUCGUCGAGCCCCAACCCGCCGUCGCCACAAGCUGACCUAAUGGUCCACCUUCCCCAGAUCCGGGAGGAACACCAGAACUACAUCUCCGAGCUGGCCCGCUACAGCAACGAAGUGACAACAACGUUCAAGGAGGCGGGCUCCGACGCCGAAAACAAGACUGUAACGGAGCUCUGCCUGCGCGGACUGCAACUCCUCUCAUCCUGGUGUUCAGUGCUCACAGAAUUAUGCUCGUGGAAGCUCCUUCAUCCUACUGAUCACGCCAGUAACCCGCGCUGCCCGCCUGAUGCUGAGGAGUACGAACGGGCGACCCGGUACAACUACACCUCAGAAGAGAAGUUCGCCAUGAUCGAAGUGAUCGCCAUGAUCAAGGGUCUGCAGGUGCUCAUGGCGAGGAUGGAGACUGUGUUCGCUGAUGCGGCCAGGCGGUCGAUAUAUGCUGAGCUUCAAGACUUCGUGCAACUGGUUCUACGUGAACCUCUCAGGAAGGCCAUCAAAAAUAAGAAGGACCUUAUUCGGAGUAUAAUUGUGUCGGUACGAGAGACCUGCGGGGACUGGGCCCGCGGUUGUGAGCCCCAACAGGACCCGGCGCUGAGAGGGAAGAAGGACUCCGAAGCUGGCUUCACCAUCAAAGUGCCCCGGAGGAACGUUGGCCCGUCAUCCACCCAACUCUACAUGGUGCGCACUCAGCUCGAAGCCCUGAUCUCCGACAAAUCUGGCGGAAGACGAACCCUCCGCAAAGACCUGGACGCUGCCACCCUCGUGCAGAUCGAGGCCUUCCACCGCCAGAGCUUCUACUGGAACUGUCUGCUGAACCUGUCAGACUCCCUGCAGAAGUGCUGCGACCUGUCCCAGCUGUGGUACCGAGAGUUCUAUCUGGAAAUGACGAUGGGAAGGAAAGUCAACAAAUGCAUGGUGCGCCACCAGCAUAAUGAGGAGUGCAACGACCUGAUCACCAUGGAGAAGCGCAUCCAGUUCCCCAUCGAGAUGUCCAUGCCCUGGAUCCUGACCGACCACGUGCUGCGCAGCAAGGAGCCUGGCAUGAUGGAAUACGUGCUUUACCCGCUAGACCUGUACAACGACUCGGCCCAAUACGCGCUGACCGUGUUCCGCAAGCAGUUCUUAUACGACGAAGUGGAGGCCGAGGUGAACCUGUGCUUCGACCAGUUCGUCUACAAGUUGUCCGAGCAGGUGUACGCGCACUACAAGCAGCUCGCGGCCAGCAUGCUCCUGGACAAGCGUUACCGCGCGGAGUGUAUGGCGCGCGGCGCGCCGGCGGGCCCCGCGGCCGGCCGCUACGCCUCGCUGCUGCGCCAGAGACACGUCGCGCUGCUCGGCCGCCAUGUCGCGCUCAGCGCCUUGGUGGCGCAGCGGAUCAACUCGGACAUGCACCGGGCGCUAGACGCGGCGGUAGCCAAGUUCGAAGCCGGUGACAUCACGGGUGUCGUGGAACUGGAGGGCCUCAUAGCCGUGAACCGCCUCUGCCACAAGUUGCUCAGCCGCUACCUGGCCCUGGACGACUUCGAGAGCAUCCUGCGCGAGAGUGACCACGGGGUCCUCGCCCCCUACGGCCGGGUCACUCUACACGUGUUCUGGGAGCUCAACUACGAUCUACUGCCCAAUUACUGCUACAACGCGGCCACUGACAGGUCAGUAACCGAGUGUACCCAAUGCCUUGACUUGUAUCUGAUGAUACAGAGCGUCUUCCGCGAGAGUGACCACGGGGUCCUCGCCCCCUACGGCCGGGUCACUCUACACGUGUUCUGGGAGCUCAACUACGACCUACUGCCCAAUUACUGCUACAACGCGGCCACUGACAGGUCAGUAACCGAGUGUACCCGAUGCCUUGACUUGUAUCUGAUGAUACAGAGCGUCUUCCGCGAGAGUGACCACGGGGUCCUCGCCCCCUACGGCCGGGUCACUCUACACGUGUUCUGGGAGCUCAACUACGACCUACUGCCCAAUUACUGCUACAACGCGGCCACUGACAGGUUCGUGAAAUGCCGCGGCAUUCAGUUCGCGGCCAACGUGCAACGUGAACGGCCCCAGCAAUAUGGCCACGCCCUCUUGUGGGGCUCCAAACAGCUCAGCCUGGCCUACUCUGCGCAGUACGCGCAGUACGCAGGCUUCGUGGGCACCCAGCACCUGCACGCGCUGGUGCGGCUGCUCGGCUACCAGGGCGUGGCCGUGGUGGUGUCGGAGCUGCUGGGCGUGGCCCGGGGCCUGCUGCACGGGUCCCUGGCGCAGUUCACGCGCGCGCUGCACGCCGCCAUGCCGCGACACUGCAAGCUGCCGCGCUACGACUACGGGUCCAACGGCGUCCUGGGCUACUACCACGCACAGUUGACAGAUAUCGUGCAGUACCCCGACGCGCGCACGGAACUGUUCCACGCGUUCCGGGAGCUCGGCAACAUCAUACUGUUCUGCAUGCUGGUCGAACAGGCGCUGAGCCAGGAGGAGGUGACGGACCUACUGCACGCGGCGCCCUUCCAGAACAUACUGCCGAGACCCUUUGCAGCUGAGGGAGAGAAACCGGAGACGAAACAAAAGCGUCUGGAGGCGAAGUACGCCGCGCUGCAGAUAGUUCAGAACGUGGACAAAUACGGCACCGCCAAGCAAAGCCAGCUAGCCCGCGAAGGCGACCUGCUGACCCGCGAGCGGCUCUGCUGCGGGCUGUCGCUGUUCUCGGUGGUGCUCCGUAGGCUACGGGGUUGUCUCACCGCGCCGGCCUGGCCCCUGCCCCCCGCCGCGCCGCACGCCGCGCCCCUACACGCCGACGACACCAACGAGUUCCACAGACUGUGGUCGGCUCUUCAGUUCCUGUACUGCAUCCCGGUUACCGACACGCAGUUCACCGUCGAGGAACUGUUCGGUGAAGGUCUGCACUGGGCAGGCUGCACCAUCGUGGCCCUGCUGGGGCAGCAGCGCCGCUUCGAGGCUCUAGACUUCUGCUACCACAUCCUCAGGGUGCAGCGGGUCGAUGGCAAAGACGAGUUGGUCAAGGGGAUCCCGCUGAAGCGUAUGGUGGACCGCAUCCGUCGCUUCCAGGUGCUCAACUCGCAGAUCUUCGGCGUGCUGGCGCGCCACCUGGCGGCCGACGACGAGCGCGCCGGCGUCGAGCACGUGCGGUGCUUCCCGCCCCCCAGCGCACCGCAACAUGUCGCCAACUAAGC